GCUGUCAGAGCUCUGCUAGUAGGAAACUGGCCGGCGCUGCAGCGAAGAAGGAGCUGCGAGGCUCGGGGCUUACAGACUUGGAAGAGAAACGCCGCGAACCUCGGCAAUGCGGGCCGGCGAAACGCCGGAGGAGACGCUGUAAGCUGCCUUUCCCUGAGUCCCCCCUUUCUGGGCUCAGAGGGAAGGGGGGAGGCAGGUGGUCGGUCCAUCGGGCGGGGCGUGAAGCGGAACGGCGGAAAGCUCGCAACAGGAGAGGUCGCGGCUCGGCAGGGCCUGCAAGUGGGGCGCCGGACUGGGAAGUGACGAGCAGCUGGGCCGCAGGUGGAGAGGAUGUGAAAUUUGCGCCGGAGCCGCAUCGACGCAGGACAGGCGCUUAGAUUCCACAUAAGGCAGAGGACACUCUUAGCACUGAGGUGCAGGCUUUCACGUCCAGCGAAGAACCAUGGAAAAGAUGUCCACUGAGGUUGAUUCCGCCACCGUCCCCUUAAGUCCCAGUACUGGUCGGCCUGUUUCUUCUCAAACUUCGGACGGACCAGGAUUUCGGGAUCCGCUACCACCUCCCGUCAAGCCCAAACCCAAGGAUUUGCUAAAAGAAUCCGGAUCUGCACACAUUUCUUCCCCAGGAACGAUGGAGACUCAAGCACCCCCACCUUUGCCCAAGUCAGCCAUUUACGGUGACCCUGCCAUCAUGUCAGCCGCUCAACAGCACAAGAGGCUUGGUGAGAGCCUCCCGCCAGCCAGCCCACAGUCCCCGAAACCCUUAUCGCCAGCCACCUGGCACAAAGCACUUCCAGAGGAUGGCCACCAAAACGACAUGGCGGAAAGCGCGCCGUCACCGGUGCCCGAGCACAGCCUACCGUCGGCGGGACCGGUCCCCUCUGUACUUCUGGGCAUGGGUUCUGGUUCCAUGUCCAGCCUAGGACCCCCUUUGCCCCUUUUUCGAAAGCAAGUGGCCCAGGACUCCAUGAGCUACCUUGAGUCAGCCAGCAUGAUCUCAGGAACACAGGAAUCGCUCGCGGGUUUCGGGGACGACGCAAGUUCCAUGGGCUCCGAUUCCGAAGUGAAUGGGAUGACAUUCCGGAAAACAGACAAAUACGGAUUUGUGGGAGGUGCACAGUUCUCUGAGGCUGGCGAGAGGGAGCUAAAUGUGCAAGUAGCUCGGGAGCGGGAGAGGAAGUGGCUGGAGAUGUUCAAAAACUGGAACAAAUGGAUUUCACGGCGGUUCCCUAAGGUGAAGCUCCGCUGUCGAAAAGGCAUUCCUUCUUCCCUCCGGUCCCUGGCGUGGCAGCUGCUUUCCAACAGCAAGGAUUUGAUGGACCAAAACCGUGGCAAGUUUGAGGAACUGGAAAGGCAGCCUGGAGACCCCAAGUGGCUAGACAUCAUUGAGAAGGACCUCCACCGUCAAUUUCCAUUUCAUGAGAUGUUCUCUGCACGUGGUGGUCACGGACAACAGGACUUGUACCGAAUCCUAAAGGCAUACACCAUUUACCGACCGGACGAGGGUUACUGCCAGGCCCAAGCUCCAGUGGCAGCAGUACUGCUCAUGCACAUGCCAGCUGAGCAAGCCUUCUGGUGUUUGGUCCAGAUCUGCGAGAAGUACUUACCAGGAUACUACAGCGCCGGCCUGGAAGCAAUCCAGCUGGAUGGAGAGAUCUUCUUCUCAUUGCUCAGGAAGGUCUCACCCAUGGCAUACCGACACCUGAAGAAGCACAAGAUCGACCCCAUCCUGUACAUGACCGAGUGGUUCAUGUGUGUCUUUUCACGGACCUUGCCUUGGGCUUCAGUGCUGCGAAUCUGGGACAUGUUCUUCUGUGAGGGAGUGAAGAUCAUAUUUCGGGUGGGCCUCGUCCUCCUGCGCCAGGUAUUGGGCUCGGUGGACAAGCUCCGUGACUGCCAAGGGAUGUAUGAGACCAUGGAGAAGCUGCGCAACAUUCCCCCGGAGUACAUGCGAGAGGAGCUGCUGGUGCACGAGGUCAUCUCCCUGACGGUGACGGAGGCCGUGGUUGAGCGGGAGAGGGUGGUCCAGGAGAAAAAGUGGCUAGUGUCUCGGGGCGAAUUCCAGCUCAAACGUUCACGACGUCUGCACGGAGCACACGCCAUCUAUGAAGAGCGGCAAAGGACAGGGAGUUUUGGGGGCUACCCACUGCGGACCAGUUCCAGCGUGCUCAGUCUACCGGGGCUCCGGCGCUCUAAAGAGGAUCACUGGAAGCAGAAGAGCGAGCCCUAUGGCAGCCUCCGGGGCAUCGGUAGCACCGUGUCUCCCUCACACUCUGUGAGUAACCUGACUGUCAUCCCCUCGGCGUUCUCUUCUUCCCCACCAAAGGUCUCCCAAAAUCCCACCCCAAGCCCCCAGGUUGUUUCAGAAGGGCUGCGGCCUUCGCUUCCCUCGCCUAUGGCUAACAAUGCGCCGCUGGUCGGCUCUCUGCCAGCCGAUGGGGUGCAGAAUACCACCAAGAAGUCCAAGGAGGAGCGCAAGAAGGAAAAGGAGAAGGAGAAGCAGAGAGGGAAGGAGGAGAAGGAGCGGGAAAAACUGGACAAGGAGCGGGAAAAACUGGACAAGGAGCGGGAAAAACUGGAGAAGGAGCGGGAAAAACUGGAGAAGGAGCGGGAGAAGAUGGAGAAGGAGAGGGAGAAAAAGCUAGCCAAGGAGAGAGCCAAAGAGGAGGCCAAAGAGAAGAAGAAGCAGCAACAGGAACGUCGACCUUCAGCUAAGAAGAAAGACAAAGAGAAGGACAAGGAGAAGGAAAAAAUGGAGAAUGGAGCCUCGUCCUCCUCGGCACCCAGCUCCAGCACUUUGCCUACAGGAGCAGUUAGCAAAGAAGACCCUGAGAAGGGCGUUCGUGACACUCCUACCGGGGUACACCCCUCUGCACCUGAGAAGGCAGAACGAGCACAGGCUGCUUCAAGCACCGUGAAGGAGGCCUACCUUUGAUCAGGAUAAGCAGGGAAGAGAGUGAGACGGGGUGGGCAAUGGGUGGUGCUGGUUCCUAACGACCCACUCCAGACACUGCUUGGCUUGGAGGGCGGUGUCGCCUUGGACGUCUUAUCCUUCCCCUUCCGGCUGCACAGCAAAAAACGUAUUCCACCUCUCUGGGUUCACAUCUCCACAUGGCUACUUGGCUCUGGAGAGUGUGGCGUUAUAGGAAGAUGGGGUGGCACUUGUGCUGGGUGUAAGUCUCCCAGACAGCUGCUACGGGAAUUGCAGCCUUCCCGCCAAUAAUGUUUUGGAAUUAGGCCUACAGCUCACUCGGAACACGAAACGCCAAGAUCCAGAGGGAUCCCCUUUGGACAACAGUGAUCACAAGCUUCCCGAGCAAUUCUCCAUUUCGGAUACGAUUUCUAUCCUCCUCUUAUUGUGCCGUAGAAAGCCUGAAGUUUGUUGCCUGUUGUCUCCCACUCCACGAGGGAUUUCGCUGCUUCCUACUUUUCCCCCAUCACUACUGACCUGAAAACCUUACGUUUCAAUCAGAAUCUCCUUCCAGCCGGCGUAAGACGCGUCAACCUGGGCAGCUCCAGUUCUUGCGCGACCGUUUGCAAGUGUGAUCCCUGGAACCGAUCCCAUUGGAAUAAGGGACUCCGGAGAAUCUCUUAAUUGGAUUCUUAAACAUCUCAACAAGUGUGAUUCCUUAAGGGAACUAAACGACUGCAAGAAACGAUUCCCAAUGUUCUUUAGACCUACCGUAGGGAGUCUAAUCAGAUUCUGAUCAUUCCCAAUAGAUUUGUGUAAUGCCGAGAGCAAUUCCUUGUGCAUCUUAUCUGGGAUUUUUCCAUGCCGAAUGUUGCCACUGGAUCGAGUGACAUGGGGGAAGCAAUCCCGACUUGGUUUUGAACUUGCACCUCCACCCCGAGUUCAUUUACAAUGCGGCGUCCAAUCCCAGGAAUCUCGAUUUGCCAAGGAAUUGUGUGACAUUCCGAACCGGUUGCUUGCCUAAUUCCAGACGUUGUCAUCCUCUUCUUCCUCCUUAUUAUCCUUGGAACCUAUUGAAUCAUCUUUCUCACCCACAUGGGGAUUUGUGGACCUGCCCUGUCACAAAACGUGCUGAAAUAGGAGGUCCGGAUCAUGGCCCCUCUGCCCACUUCUUGUGGAUGCCCUUGGUCUUCCCCACCCCAGCAUUCUCACUCUCUCUCCCCGAUGACGGCUCUCCUUCUGCCACGUGACUAGGACAGACUAGCUGUACGGAGACGCGCGUUCCAAUAUCGGACAAAUGGGCGGCAGCCACAGCACAUUUUUGACUUACGAGAAAACUUUCCAAAAUCUUUUGGGGGGGCAAAAUAAAAAUAAUGUGAACUACUGGUGUGAACUAAGCACGAAAACCACAAAAACUGGAUCAGAGAUGUAAAAACGCUGGGACUGAACUGGAUUUGGAGAGCAGUGCUUUCUUGAGCUUAGAAGGGGUUGGGGUGGGCGUGAGACCGACCACUACCACUAGAGGGGGUUGAGGGUACUGGCUGGCUUAAACUGAACUAGGGGUUAUGAGAGAGUGCCGCUGAAUUUGGGGAGGUGGUGGUCCUGCUGAAACUGGAUUUGCCAAUCUUAACCGCACCCCGCCUCCAAAAUCCGAUAGGGUAUUUUAAUGACAAGGCACCUCAUGCCCCUUAACCGCAAGGGUCCCAAAUUCCAGGCACCAAAAACAGGGUCUUCCUGUUUUUGACAAAAACCCAGAAUUGUGGGGGUUUGGGGGGGGGGGGGGGUUGAGGUUGUUGUUCAGUAUUUAAAAAGCAGAGCUGCGAGAUUUGUUUGUUUUAUUGUUUAAAAGCUAAUUUAAUAUUUUGGGGUAUGUGGGGGGGAGGGGGUUAGCGGUCCACCCUUUCAGUCAGUCAUACCACUGACCGGUCUGGCAUAUUGCAAAAUUCUAACUCUGCUCGAAAAUGGGAAGAAUUUUCAAAGGGGGGGGGGGGGGUCAACCCGUCCCGUCCCAUUAUUUGUGUUUACAGAGUUACACACUUGAAAGUUGUGUCUUUUGGAAACUUUUUUUUUUUUUUUACUUGCACUCCUAAGCGAUGGGUUCUCGCCAAGUUGUAAUAGUUACCAGCGGACCCUAACUAGUUAGGCGAGGGGAAGGGGGGGGGGGAUUGUAUAGAAGGGGUGCGUGAAUUCCAUCACAUCCCCGACCUCGAGCAGGGCCAAAUAUCGAGAGAGACAGUCGGCCUUGCAAAGUGGUGUGGAAUAAAGAAGAGCUGCAUGCCCCCUAGUGGUGGCCUGUGUGAAGCUCGUGCCCACCAUGCAUGCUUUCUGUUCUCUUGACAGGACUUGUAAUCCCCGGGGUUCAAUGCCAAAAACAUUUCUCAGGUAUCCUAUCCUCCCUUUUAAACAUAUCUCCUUGACGGAUGCAAAUGGAAAAAAAAAACAAAAAACAAAACACUCCCCCCCCCAAUAACCUAAAAAUGGGAUCCUGAGGACUAUGAAUGCUGCGUCAUUUAUCCUGUUUGGUGCACCCCCUGCAGGCAGGAGACAGUAGGGUAUCUUUUUUUUUUUUUUUUUUUUUUUUUACAAGGGGGGGCUCUUGCAAGGGACCGCACCCUCUGUCCAAAUGUAUAAAGUGUGUAAUUAAUAUUAACUAAAAGUGCACUGCGUUUAUGGAGGAAGGAGGGGCUGCUACAUAUGCAAAUUAGAUCAUGAAUAUUAACUAGCCCUCUGGUUCAGUGAAAGGGGGGUGGUGCUUCAUGGGUAUAUGCAAACUUGAUGGUUCUAAACAGAGCACUCCGGUGUGUGUGGAGGGGGGGGUACAUGUCAGAGAAUGCAGAGCCCCCCCCCCCUCCCCAGCCUUCUAAUUGAUAACUGCACAGUUUACACAGGACAUCUCGCCCACCCGCACACCCACCCUCCCUAAGGUGCAGGCGAGGGCUCAGAACAAGGGGGGGCUUUUACUUACUUAAUUAUUUGUGCGUUGAAAUGAUGGAUCAGUGUGACCGCCAAAAAUAAAAGAAGUGUAUUAGAGCGCCACCAUCUGUUAAUAAUAUGUCAUGACAACAAAAAAAACUAAUAUAUACAUAUUAUAUAUAAAUAUAUAUAAAUAUGAAGCCUUCUGUAUAUUACUAUUAAUUAUGUCCGCCUUUUUUUUUUUUUUUCUUCUUAACACCCGCCCAUCCUUCCUGUUAGCAUUGCAAGGGGUAAAUUUAGGGGUACCCCCUGCAAAGAGACCCCCUUCAGUUUACAAAAAUGCAUUCCAUGUGUUAAAGCAAAGAGACUUUUGGUUUUGUUGUUUUAUUAAUAAUUAUGACCAGAAGAAAUAUAUUAACAGUGUUGAUUCUUA